AUGGGUGUUCAACGCACAAAUGCUUCCUCUAUACUGCAUUGGGAAGCAUACCAAAAACUUGCCGACAUGCUGCCAGACAUCCUCGAAGAGGGACGUCGCAUCGGACACGACGUGGAUCGAGAUCCUCUUCUGGCUCUCGACCCAUCGAAUCUUCUUCGCCGAUACCUCGUUGCCGAGGACUGGCAAGUGGACAAAGCAGCGCAGCGCUUGCGAAGCACUAUCGCCUGGCGGCGGGACUGGAGGGUGAUGGAGUACUACCGGCCAGGCUGCGGCAACUAUCUAUAUGACGAGAUCUCCAACCCAGGUUCGGAGAUGUACUUUGCGGAUUCGAUGCACGUUGAUCGCCAGGGCCGUCCGUACAUGGUCGGCCGAGUCAAUCUUUGCAAUGGUGAGCGAAUGCACCCAUGGAGGCAUCUGCGUGCCGGCAUUUACGCUCUGGACAGAUUCGCCUUGAAAAUCAUUCAAAACGGUUGUGGUUACGGAAGCUACCUGCUAGAUAUCGGGAGAGUGGCCGAGCAAGGUAAGUUCAGCGGCACAGGUGGUGGGGCGAACUUUCAUCCCCAGGAGUCCAAAAAUCCCUACUAUUUGGAAGGUGCAGGCAAGGACGCUUCGAGUGAGCUGCUGGAGCGCUAUGGGGAACUGAAUAGCGGCAUGUCCGUGCUACGUGCGGCUUUGCGGAUUGCAGGGGAGCACUACCCUGAACUGCUGUCGCGGGUUGUUUUUCUUCGCAGCGACUGGCUGUUUUCUUUGGCCUUCAAAGUUUUUCGGCUGUGGGCCCACAAGAAGACCAGAGACAAGUUCCUUUUCGUCGGUGGAAGGGCAGACCCACCAAUGACGCAGCUGCUGGAGUGGUACCGUUCCGAGCAGCUUCCGCAGGAGAGCCUCUGCAAAAAAGAAGGCAAGUGA